UUUCGCCUGCUUCCAGGGGAGGGGGGCAAAGGUCAUAGGGUAAAGGGCAGCACCCAGCAUCCCCGGUGCAAUACACAGCCAUCUUGGAGUUAUUUUAGGAGAUAAUUCAUGCGGUGACAAACAGCAUGUUUGGUGCUGCGAGAAAGAAGUUUGUGGAGGGAGUGGAGAGUGAUUACCAUGAUGAAAGUCUGUAUUACAGCCAGUCUUCAAUGUUCCCUCAUCGAACAGAAAAAGAUAUGCUGGCAUCUCCAUCACCAUCAACAUCAGGGCAGCUAUCUCAGUUUGGUGCAAGUUUAUAUGGGCAAAGUGCAUUAGGCCUUCCGAUGAGGGGAAUGGGCAACAAUAACCCCCAGUUAAAUCGCAGCUUAUCACAAGGUACUCAGUUACCCAAUCAUGUAACGCCAACAACAGGAGUGCCAACAAUGUCACUUCAUACUCCAUCUUCACCAAGCAGGAGCAUUUUGCCUAUGAAUCCCAGGAAUAUGAUGAAUCAUUCCCAGGUUGGACAAGGGAUUGGGAUUCCAGGGAGGACAAAUAGCAUGAGCAGCUCUGGUUUAGGCAGUCCAAACAGAAGCUCACCUAGCAUUAUAUGUAUGCCAAAGCAGCAGCCAUCCCGGCAACCUUUUACAGUGAGCAGUAUGUCUGGUUUUGGGAUGAACAGGAAUCAGGCUUUUGGGAUUAAUAAUUCACUUUCAAGUAACAUUUUCAAUGGCACAGAUGGAAGUGAAAAUGUUACAGGGUUAGAUCUCUCAGAAUUUCCAGUACUAGCAGAUAGAACCAGAAGGGAAGGAAGCGGCAAUCCCACUCCACUAAUAAAUCCGUUGGCAGGAAGAACUCCUUAUGUUCCAUGACAAAUUGCUUCCGAUCCAUAUAAAGAAAAACAGAUGGCCCAUUAAGGGGACAGAGUUAUACCAUUCUCCCGGCAAAUAGCAAAAGCUGGCUCUUUGAUCAGGGCAGCCAUUUUUGAAUGUGAUUCCCCUUUUGAAAUGUGUGUAACAUCAAUUGAAAGGACUUGUGUUACUGGCCAUGUUCUGUCAAUCACCACCUAAGACAUGGCAAAUUAAUAGGAGAGGUGAAUAAUCUAGUGCUUCCAAUCUUGACAAGGUGUGGAUUUUAUUCUUAUUCCAUAAUUGGGAUAAACAAUAGCUGAAUUUAAAUCUAUUCAUGGACUUGAAGAACAGUAUAAAUUUCUUGAGAAGGAAGUGUUCAAAAUAGCCACUGUGUCCAUGAUCUUUUAGCACUAUGUCCAAGAGACUGACUGGUAUUCGACAUCUGCAGCAUGUUAUCACAUGGAGAGUACUGCAGGAAAUUGGCCUUGCUUUUUUAUUGGAGACAAUUGGUAUAAUUACAAAAUGUUAUUUUAGCAUUCCUUUUGAGGUCAGGGCUUUUCCAAAAACCCCGUCAGCAAUUAACUUCACGUAUUUAUCUCUGCGGCUUAUUUAUGUCUCCUUGGUCGGUUGGAUCACCGAAGGUUGCUUACAGUGAUAUGA